AUGACUAUAAGAAUCCUUGGAUGGGGUCACAACAAUAUGGGUCAAUUAGCCAGACGACCGGUGGACUUACAACAAGCGCCCAACAUCAUCAGAUUCUUUAAUGAUAAAAAUGUGACCCAGCUCAGUUGCGGCUACAUUCACGCCAUGGCAUUGACUCACGAUGGCUCAGUGUACGGCUGGGGUUGCAACACAAGCGGUCAGAUAGGUUGCGGCUAUACGUGCGACUACAUUGCCGAACCGACUUUAUUACAGUUUCGACAUGACGGACGUGAAUAUGAUGUUAAAACAAUAUAUAGUAGUGGAAAUUCUGUCUUUGCAAUAACCGAGGACAAUAGUGUGUUUAGUUGGGGCUUGAACGAUUAUUUUAACCUCGGUCACAAUUCGACCGAUAUCUACGUUAAUAGUCCGCGACUCGUGGUGGAUAUUAGUAACACAACAGGAAAUUUGAUUCCAAUACUAGCCCAUAUAUCACGCAUUAUGAACAAUUGUCCAAAAUUGGAUCAGGCGAACUCAGAUUUACAAGAUCUAUCCAAAGAAGCAGAAAAGUUAGUGAGAGUUCGAUCGGAGUUUGUGGUCCAAUAUAAUGAUUUCUGGGUGGAAAGCGAUCGCAUGUUCGUACAAAUGGAGUUAUGUUCCCGGAAUCUACAGAAAAUUCUCGACUCUAAACCGAAUGUAUUUGGUAGAGAACCGGAAGAGCCUAUGAAUGCAAUGGAGUAUUACAUGUCGUGUCUUAUAAUGUGGGAGCUCUUGGAAUGUCUGCAAUAUUUGCAUGGCUUAAGUCCACCGGUAAUUCAUAGGGACUUAAAACCAGAGAACAUAUUAAUCGCGAUUGGCCCAAGGAACGGUAGGUUUUUCAAAGUCGGCGAUUUUGGCCUGGCUACUAUUAACGAACACUACUCCGAAAAGGGAAAUCCUAAAUAUUUGGCACCCGAAGUGAAUAAUGAGAACGCUCUAGAUAAUGGUGAAAUGUAUUCAUCAGGAAAUGAAGUCUUAAGCAAAUGUGUGGUAAAGUUAAGGGAUGUAUUGGUUUUGAUGCAAUCGGAUGACCCGGAUAUUAGACCAGAGUGUAAGGAUGUGUUACAAACACGGAAUGAAUGGGAACUAGACUUGAAAUAUGUUCGAAAUGAUCCCGAUAAUUAG